GUCUAAGAAGCUGAAGCACCUACUUUGCAUUGAGAUCGAAGAAACGCGCGCUAAGCUAAGGUAACAGAUAGAGAUGGCAAGGGACGCUGACUGUCCGAAUUGCAAGAAAUACGGAGUUCCUUUCUAUGGUGUUUCCUGGGUCCCACCCAGCGCAAUCGGAUCUGACCCACCUAUUCCAACACCCGAAGGAGAAGCCCACCGUCGCCACGGUGACGAUGUACCUUCCGCCGACGCAUCGCCACCGCCCGAGAACUACCUCGUUUUCUCCGGCGGCGGCGGCGAAGGUCGCAGCGGCAUCCCCAACGCUCUCCUCCUCGCCAGCUUUGAUUUCGCCUCCAAUUCCCUCUCCGAUCAGCCUGUGUCAAAACUUAGAACUGGUGCUGAUUUGCCUUACCGAAUGGCUAUCCACCCUGGAGGAGAUGGCAUUAUUUGUUCAUUGCCAAAAAGUUGCAGGUGGUUUGAAUGGGAUCCAGUCAAGGGCACUGAUGUUCAGAAACUGGGUCUAAAAUCAUCUGACAUAGUCCUUGACAAACUGGAAGAUAUUGGGCAGCAGUUAGCAUUGACUUUUAAUAAUGAAGGUUCUGUACUUGCUCUUGGAGGCGAGGAUGGAAAGUUGAGGGUUUUCAAGUGGCCUAGCAUGGAAAUCAUUCUUGAUGAAGUAAAUGUUCAUGCCUCUGUGAAGGAUUUAGAUUUCAGCCCUGAUGGGAAAUUUCUCGUGUCGGUAGGAAGCAGUGGCCCUGGUAGGGUUUGGGAUGUAACAUCAUCAACGCCUGUGGCUUCUUUGUCAAAGGAAAAUGAUGAGAUGUUUGGCUUUUGUAGGUUCUCUCGAAGUAAUGAUAAGAAUCCAGUUCUCUAUAUUACUGCCAUGCGAGGUCAAGGUGGAAGUAUUGUGAAAUGGAACACUUCUUUAUGGAAGAGGGUGAGCUCAAAGCACAUAAUUCAAGACCCAAUUUCUGCUUUUAAUGUUUCAGCUGAUGGAAAGCUCCUUGCAAUAGGAACAAUUCAAGGUGAUGUUUUAAUUAUAAAUUCCUCCAGUAUGCAUGUACAGAACAUGGUUAGAAAAGCACACCUUGGCCUUGUAACCGCAUUGAUGAUCUCCCAAGAUUCGAGGGCUUUGGUCUCUGCAUCCCUGGAUUCAAGUGCAAGGGUGACUCUAAUCAAGGACGACAAGAAAAAUGGAUUGAACUUGUGGAUCAUUAUAUUAAUCAUUUUGCUUGCAAUGGCUGUGUAUUAUGUGAAGGCGGAAGGUAUUUUUCCAUAGAGGAUUCUGUAUAUAUUACCUAAAUGAUGUUUGUUCAAUGGCAUCGUGGUAUAAUUUUUAAAAUAUAUGAAUUGGAGGCUUGUUUGAGGAAAAGUGAUCAGGAUUGCCUUUUGUUUUGGUUUUUCGAAGUUCUUUGCAAUGUGCCUCUCUUUUUGGUCUUUGGAUUUUUUAGAACUUGUACAGACUGUACACCUCAAUUGUAGGGCUCUGUUCUUGAUUAUACAAUCAAAAAUGUUUCAGACUCCCACUGGGGUGACCCCAAGGACCCCAGUGGGGUGUGAUUGGCCAAGAA